AUGGAGAGCAGCAACAUGACAGACCUGCAGAUUACGGAGAUCUUUGGGCCAGUGGCCGCAGCAGGAGCUGCACGACUCAGCAAUCUUCUGAAGGAGGAGGGGCUGUCCGACAGCGAGCGUCCCCCCAAACACUCCAAGCCGGACAAGCGCCCGAGAGCUCCCUUCAGCGGGCAUUCAGGAAGGGGACAGAGACCCGGUCCCAGAGGACCGAACCGCUCCCAACAGCCCCAGAACGAUCCGGCACCUCUGAUCACGGCAAUGGGCAAGCUGCUGAUAAGGCAGGAGACUCAACUUCAAAUCUUGAACCAGAACUCCGCCUGGAUGCUGUACCUGAAGCCGGGCCAGUCAGGGCCGAUGCCGGAGUUAUUCAAAGCGGCAGCCACAUACCGCGAGGCCUCCCAAACCCAGUUUCAGGAAGCCCCGCUUCGCGCUGUCUUGCUCAGUGCUCUCUUCCAGAUGCUGCUCACAUGCUUGCAGACGAUGUCCACACAGCAGGAUCAGCAGAAGCAAGCAAACCAAGGGCUGGCUGAACUCCGAGGGGAAAUGGUUCUACUAACGGUGGCCAUGCUGGUCUCAGCAGUGAUGCGGAAGGACGUCAUUCAUCGCUUCACUGCAACGAACGGCUUGCAGGCCAACGCGGAGCACAUCACGGCAUUCAUGCUAGAGAUGGGAUUACGAGCCCAGGGAGUGGAGAAAGUGUGGGAAGCGCCCGAGUUUCUAUCGAACCUCACGGUGCCUGAACCACAGGUCUUCGGCACCAAAGUGCAGGCUUGGCGCGAUGUGCUACACCACAGCUCCUCGGUCUCCUUGUUCAGGCUGCCCUCGUGGACCUCCAUUUUACGUGGAUGGCAGCGGCCAUCAUCACAGCAUGAUGUGACUGCCUUCCUGCAACAUGUCCUUCACAAGAUGCGGAAUGCGUCGCUACAAGAUUGCAUCGAUGACUGGCACAACCAAGUGUACAACUUUGACUCUGGGGUGGCUGUCAAGAAUAGCCAGGCCAUCAGCAUUCCACCAUCUGUUUUUAUCCCCACAUGGGGUCUGUCUGACUGUGCAGCACUGGGGAUGGGGAUAUCAGCUGGCCACCGGGUCGUCAUGGAUUCGAAGCUCGAUGCCUCGACUUCAGCAAACUUCAGAAGCCUGCGGGCGGAGAAGCAGGGCAGUGCGUUCUACAAGGGGCGUCAGAUUCGUGGGACUCAGACGCGUCCUUCCAAUGAGAGGCCCCCGGCGGCACGCCAGGGCCCGGCGAGGUAUGAAGUGCUUACGUGGAAUUGUGGUGGCCUGUCUCAGCUGCUCUUUCUGGAGGUCAAGCGUAUAUUAGCUACAAAUGCUAACAUCAAGAUCCUAUUGCUGCAGGAGACUCAUCACAGUUAUCAGAGCGAGUGGCAAGAUGGUGAGUGGACGUUCGUACAUUCUCCGACCAAGAACCCCAAGCAGGGUGGCAUACUGUUUGGCGUACGCAUGAUUUCUGCGAGUCUGGAACGCUGCGCUGGGAAGAGCUUGAGCCAGGGCGGCUACUCCACGUCCGAUGCUUUGCGCACAAGCAACACCUGGAUGUGUAUGGGCUAUGACAGCAUGCACUUCCAUUUGGCUCUGCUGGGCAUAUUCCGCUGCGUGCUUCUCUUCUGCUUAAUUGGUGCCCGUGGAAGCUUAGUGCACAUAGGGAUUGACGGUCAAUUGGUUCAGUACUGGCAGGCUCGUCAACAAUUGAAGGGGCUGGGCUCUCGCAGCUUCCAGGAUAUUUCUGCGCGAGUGCGGUUGAAGCUUCAGUUGGACAAGCAUCAUCGUGAGCUGCGCGCUCUUGCACGCGCGCGCAAGCGUAAGCAAUUACUUGAUAUCCUGGAGCUAGCCGAGCAAGCUGCAGGAAAGGGGGACAGUCGCAGCCUCUAUCAGUGUGUGCGCUGGCUUGCUCCUAAAACUGCUUCUAAGUCGAUUCGGCUUAGGGACUCCGCCGGCAAUCUCAUGCAUCCUAAAGAUGAAUGCAAAAUGCUGUGUGAGUAUGCUGAGCAGCUCUUCAGCUCGCGCUCGGACUCGGACUGCAUUGCAAUCAACCUUCUCCCGCUGGAACCUGAACUCUUUGCCAUUGACAAGUGGAAGCGGGCUCUCAAAUCCCUUCGUCCUGGCAAGGCAGUUCCCAAUGGUGAGCCCACGGUAGCUGCUUGGAAGCAGGCUUCAGACAGCAUGGCAUGCCGUCUUCAGUCCAUUGCGGUUGAGCACUUCUGUUCCUCCUCCCCUAGACUGACGCCGGUUGAUACCAAAGCGUUGCUCAUUGUCCUCAGAGAGGCUGUUGCGCCCUUGGUGAUCUCUGCGAUGAAGGAGUUUCCCCAGUACGCCUACAGGCCGGGCUCCUCCACAGCAGACGCAUUGCUGCGUGCUUCGGCGCACUGCUCCAGAGUCCGUUCGCUUUUGGAUCGACAUCAUGUAGAUCACACUUCAAAGAUACUGGGUCACGCCAACGCGCAACUCGUUGGGGGCAUAAUGGCUAGCCUCGACUUGCGAAAGGCCUUCGACAGCGUCUCGCAUAGGGAGCUCUACCUUUCGCUGCGGGAGUCCGAGGUUCCUGAGAACCUGGCCGGGGUCCUUGUUCAAAUACAUGCACAGACGCGUUGCACAGUUCUUCAUGGAGGAGAUUGUCGCAGCUUUGUCAUGUCUCGUGGACUAAGACAGGGAUGCCCCAUUGCCCCUAUCCUGUUUGCUGCUUGGACUGUUCGAGUCAUGAGGCUGGUCCAAUCCACGGCACAGCUAGGCGGGACUCGGGAUCGACACAUGAUGUUUGCUGACGACAUACAUGGUAGCUGGGAUGUUCAUUCAGUCAAGGGGUUCCGACAUGCGAUGGACGAGUUGCAUUUGCUCAUACAAACUCUGAUUGGAUUGGGUAUGGAGAUCAACUUUGCCAAAAGCCUGGUCGUGCUUAAACUGAGGGGCAAGGCAGUCCAAAGAGUGUGCAGGAAUGUGGUGGUCUGGCGUCAUGGCUCUCAACAGCUUCGCCUCAGGACUGCUGACAACGAUAUUUACAUUCCUGUUUCCGGCACCAUGCCGUAUUUGGGAUCGGUGCUCUCGUAUGAGAACUUCGAGCUCCAAAACUUCCGUCACAGAUCUCAGUGUGCCAAUGCUCGUUUCCAGGAGCUUCGGAAGGUGCUGCGAUCCCAGAGUUCGUUCUCCAGGCGUCACCGUCUCCGUGUGUAUCAUGCAACAGUGUGGCCCUCUCUUUGGUAUUCACUUGCUUUGGUCGGGCUGAGCCAUGAAGUCCUGCGGGGCGUCACUUCCGUGAUUGCGAUGCACUUGCGCAAGGUUCUUCGGAUCUACGAGGAGGGAAUCACCAAUGCGGAGGUCCUUCGUCGCGGGGGUCUUGAUCCAGCCGGGUUUUUUGAGCAGCAGACGCGCCACAAGCACGCAGCCAUUGCCCAAGACGAGUACCGGAGUGAAGCACUCAAGCAUCUGGAGCUUUCGCGCUCUCAGUUUCUCUUGGAAGGAGUACGCGAGCUCGGAGUAUCCAGCCAGAACACCUCCAUUGUGCAGGUCAGUUGUCGUGACGCUUUCACGCACUCGCUUCAUGACUUCAACUCGCUUGCGAAGCAUGUUUCCAAUGGUACGUGCCCUCGCAUCAAGGAGAUGAUUGCUUCGGGAAUGGAUGUGCAGCAAAUGACUCGACAGCUUGAUGUAGAUGAUGAACAGGACCCGCCGGUUCCACCUCAGGGCGCUGUCUCCAAUGAGUCCGCGGCAGAGCAGAUUGAGGCGGCACUGCUGGUUUCUAACUCUCUGCUUUCUUCACGGGGGCCUGCCCUGCGUCCUCUUGCGCAACGCUGUGCGCUCUGCCUGCAGCUGCUGGGCGACCCCGGCAAGAUGAAGAUUCACUGGCAGGCCUCGCAUCCGGUAGAGUGGAGUCGUAUUCAGAGGUCGGUGGUUUCAGAAUCUAAGAGCCUUCAGGCCGUCUUCAGCACGCCAUGCAGUUUCUGCGGGAGCCUUGCCAAGAAGGUAUCCGAUCACUGCGUGAAAUGCCCGGCUCUGUUCCAAUUGCUUGCGGUUCGGCAGCUUCGGCAGGAUGGUGAUUUAGCUCCGAGUAUCCAGCGCGGUCCUGCGGAGAAGCACUCAAGGACUGGGCCACUGUACAAGCACUUCCAGCUCGCCAGUACACCCAUUGGCAGGUACAUGAAGGUUGCGCCAAUCUCCACGGGCGGCGACAAGGACCGCACCGAGGUUUCCCUGCCAGAGUCGGCCGCUCCGGCGACGUCGGGCUCCUACGAACGCUUGGUCUCGAGUAUGUCUGCGACGUCAGGCCACUCUGCUGCCGCAGCGCUGCCGCUGGAUGUUGCGAAAGUGGUAUUGCGAAACCCUCAGAAUUACUGCUACAUGAACGCGGUGUUUCUUGCUCUUCUUCACUGUAUGCCCAAUGCACAGGCUCCUCGAGGACUUCCGGUCUUGCGUGGGCUGUGUCAGGCGGCCGUGCAUGAUUCUCGUGAGCUUCUGCUGGCUUCGCAGUUACAGGUUCGCUGCCUUCUUCGAGACUGGCAUUUUGAUGGCAGACAGCAUGACGCGUCAGAGUUCACCCAGGUGCUCUUUCGCGGGCUUGGAUUUGGCUUUGGGCGCUGGCAGUCUGUUUUGCAGGAAGCGGAGGCUUUCACUGUUCAACAUCAAGGAGUCCAGCCCCUCAUUUUGCCGAUUUUGCCCCAGGCUUGUAGUCUUCAGCAGUGUGUGCAGCUCUGGCACGAAUCGGGGCACUUCUUGCUGGUGGUUAGUGACAUUUUUUCUAGUUUUGGGUGGGCCUGUGCAACAGAGACAAGAUUUGGUCGAGGUGUCGGGGGAAAACGGUAG